CCGUAGACAAGGGGUGUAUUUUGAUAACUCUCCGGGCAAAGGGCGUCUCUACACUGAAGACAAUCAUACAAAGGAAUGAACGUGGAACUCUGUCCUCCUGCUUUGAGAAGAUACUGGUUUCGGACAAGAUGCGGUCGAUUGCGGCUGCGCAAGGCAAGAAGCUGUCUGUGAAGGUGUCCUUGGAAAACAAAGAUGAGAUUAAAGAGGCUGUAGAACUGUUGGGCAACUUGGCUGCCCCAGAGAAAAAUGAAGGGCAAGGACUGGUGGACAAAAUGACUGUGACGUAUUGUCCAGAGGAAGGGAAGUGGUAUUGGACGCCUGACGCUAUUGAAGGAGUGUGGAUGGAGGCAAACAUCAGGACUGCUAGCCGCGGGAUGUACGUUGAUAUUCCACUCAUUGAGAAACUCAAAAAGGUCCUGGACUGGUUACAGAGGAGGGAGACUUUCCAAAGCGGUCAGCCACAGCCAUGCUACUUGUGUUACCUGCGCCAUCGUAAGGGCGCGGAAGAGACAGCUGUUACAGGAUCUUUGUAAGCAACGACGAGAAGUAUUUCUCAAGCUACUUGUGAUUGGGAUGCUGGGAGAGGUUUGUUUUCCUUUGUCGGAACUCGGUCAGCUAGAUGGUCGACACCGAAAUAAUGGGACUUGACAUUACUGAGCGCUUAAAGAACUUAUGUGGCAUUUAUCAAGAGCUUCACUAUAUAAUUUUGUAAUCAGAGUUACCUAAUUCUAUACGCUGCCUUCAUAUGAUUAAGUAUGAAAUCGGCCUAUAGAGUAAGGGAAUUCAUGGUGUGUUUAUUUAAUUUUGUCAUUGAAUAUAUAUUCGCUUUUGAAAUUGAUACCCGAAAAGGAGAACUGUCAUUCGCAAAAUUAACUAUUUUUUUAAUAUAAAGAAAAGAUCCAAUUUUCAAAAGAAAAAAAAUUCGUCAUUUAGGGAGGGAUUUUCAUGUCUGUAUUUACAUGAAAAUGUUCUUUUUUUCCGGUAUUAAUUGUGUACGGGUCAAGCCUCCAAGAGAUUUUAGGUGUGCAGAAGGACAUUUAUCUGUACGCAUACUGUACGUCACUAGCGCACAUACCCACACGCGAAAGCAAAAACCUGCGCUUACGUCCACGCACGCACGCACGCACGCACGCACGCACACACACACACAGAGAGAGAGAGAGAGAGAGAGAGAGACAGAGAGAGAGAGAGAGAGAGUGGUGUUGGUUGUAAAAUUAUACAAAAAAAAUGACAUGAAGAAAGCAUGUAUGCAUCAGGGGCUGCCAUAUUUAUCAAUAUAUAUAAUUAAAAAAAAU